CCGUAUGGCGUGAUUAAUAUUCAUGAGCCUUCGUUCGCUUCAGCAGGAUUCGUCAUUUCCCAAAGCGGCAGGCUUGAGCUGAGCGAGGAUCACACAGAAACAGCCGAACAUCACAUCAAAAGAUGAAAAUGUAGACAUUUAUCAGAAGAUGCGCAUGUUGGAGACGUAACACACCAUCAAUCGAUGACGAUGGAAGACGGACUGGUGUCCGAAGACGAUAUAUUGCUUCGUUCAGAGAAGGAGUUUCAUGAUGCUGCGAAGAGGAAUGACACUGACAGAAUGGAGGAGCUGAUAAGAAGAGGAGUGGACGUCAAAGUCAAAAAUAAGAUGGACCGUAAGGCCCUGCACUGGGCAGCUGGAGCUGGCAGUGAACAGGCACUGCGUCUGCUGCUAGACCAUGACAUGGAUGUGGAUGAAAUGGACAGCUUCGGUAUGAACGCUCUGCUCUUGGCGGCGUGGUUUGGUCACCUGUCAAUCCUAAAGAUCCUUGUCUCAAUCGGGGCGAAGCUCACCUCUGAAAACAAAAAUGGCUUGAAUCUUUUGCACUGUGCUGCUCAGAGGGGUUACAUCAGUAUUCUGGAGUACAUCAUGGAAGAUCUGGAAAACGUGCAGCUUAAUAAAGUUGACAAGUCAGGUAAGACGGCGUUUCAUUUAGCCGCAGAGCACGGACACCUGGAGGUGGUGGAGUUUCUCAUCGGUAUGGGCUGUGCUCAUGAUCUCAAGGACAAGGAGGAGAACACUGCCCUGAAUUUGGCAGCUAAGCAAGGCCACAGCGACGUCCUACAGAAGAUUAUGGAGACCGGGGAGAACAUUGAUGAAAGAAACAUUGACGGCAUGACGGCUUUACAUUUGGCAGCUGAAGGGGGUCAUUAUGAGUGUAUCCGACUAUUGCUGGAGGCUGGAUGCAAUGUCAAUGAACUUACUCAUAGCAACAAAACGGCUCUUCAUCUGGUGGCCCAGCACGGCUCGGGCAAAGAGGUCAGACUGCUGAUACAGGCUGGGAUCAGUCUGGAUUCAGUAGACACACAACAUAUGUCAGCUCUCCACCUGGCAGUACUCAACAACUCCACAGAAAUAGUGAAGGAUCUUAUCAAUGCGGGAUGCGACCUGGACAUCUUUGACAAUCGGCUUCAAACUGCUUUGCACAUUGCAGCAGAACACGGUCGGCAGAACAUCGCUGAGAUGAUCCUGAUUUCUGGAGUCAACCUCAAUCUAGUCGACAAGCAGGGGAAGACAUCACUUGAUGUCGCAGCACGAGCCAACCAUGUGAAUGUUGUUGACAUGAUUAUCAAAGCUGACAGAUUUUACAAAUGGGAAAAGGAAAAUGUGACGAGUGACUCUGACUCUCUGGUGGGAACAAGUCUUACCUUUAAGCAGGACCAUCAACAGGAGACACAACAUAUCCGAUCCGUCCUAUGGAAACUUUCCAGCAAGUAUCUCAAACCAGGCGAGUGGAAAACACUGGCUCGGCACUGGAAGUUCUCCGAUGCACAUAUUCGAUCCAUAGAACACCAGUGGACAGGUACAAAGAGCUACAAGGAGCACGGGCACAGAAUGCUGCUCAUCUGGCUGCACGGAGUGAUCGCCGCUGGAGAAAACCCCAUCAAGGGCUUGUACGAAGGUCUGAUGGGAAUCUCAAGGAUCGAUCUGGCAGCAUGCGACAGCAGGCAAAUGCGGAUCCGUCUUCUGUUAAAACAUGCUCUGCAAUGUGAAGAGAGAGUCAUUGAGAAAAGCCUGGAUUGAGCUGGAGAUUGCUUUUGAAGCACAGAGGACUUGAGAAGCACAAAUACUCCCUUAAAUACAACCUCAGUGACGUGACUGAGAGGAAAACAUUGCCUGUUCACAACAAGAGCAUUUAUUCACAGCAAACCAGACUUUGGAUUGAAACACGUUUCUGUGGAACCAUUAACACUGAGAAAAAUGCAUCCGGAUAUUGUUCCUUUUCUUUGUGGAAAAACUCACAAAAUGUGAACGUUUUGGUCAAGCUGGAAGAAUUGUUUAUGAAUUUCUGAUUCAUUCUGCAUGUCUUUCUGUCCUUUAUUUAUUUGUAAAAGCAGUUUUUCUGCUAUAAUAGUUAUUUUAAAGAAUAGAAUCAAAUCUAAUGCUAACACAGAUGCGAUACCCAGGAUACUGGGAAACAUAUUUUAUGUGUUUAAAUGUGUCUAAUGUGCAGAACUGUUUGAGUCCCUCCUGACUGAUCACUCUGUUGACUAUGGGAUUCUCCAGACUGAAAUGCCUGAACUUUUGUUUAUUGUGCAAACAUUGUUAUAUGAUUGUGGGACAAAAAAGAGAAGAUUGUGGUAUGAAAUUAAGAGAAUAAACCACUGCAGUAUUUUAUGCAAAUUAUGGCUUGAUUAACAAUACUGAUUUCUCAAUUUUAAUCAUUCUCCUUUUGAUAUCCAUUCACUAAGCCGUAUUUGUUGCGCGCCUCUCAUCCAAUAACUUGCAAAAAGCUUUGUGUUUUGUUACUUACAUAUAAAACAAAGUCUCAGAUUUCAAAUUAUGUCUAUUUUAUUAUGAAAUGUGGCGUGACAGAUUGCUGUAGUUCAAGCGAUGAACCGAUCAUCAGAAGGUAAGAUACUGAAAUGUCAUUGUUCAGUGUUUCAACAGCGGAAAGACAUCAAUAAAACAGCUUGUAAACAAUA